AUGCCAGCUGUUAAACGAGAAUCAUCCUCUACACCUUCUUCCGAGUUCAUUAAAUCGUCUCCACCUUCUACUCCCAGUCCCAAGAAAUCUAAACCUUCUCCGAAGAAAGGGUCCGCCGAUAAGCCUAGAAAAGCGUACGAAACUUGGACCGCCGAAGAAGAUCGGAUUUUUAUUGAAAUAAUGGAUAAAGUUUUGAAAAAUCAUCUUUACCCAGAAGUUAAAGCGGAUGGAAGAUUAACAAGGGAAAGCCCAGCUGUUAGAGCUCAUCUAACUUCUAUGAUGAACAAAUUAAAAAAGAGCCCUUAA